UGACUGUGGGACUUCCGCCCUUUCCGCCCCAGAAGCGUUAGACGUUAGCUACCUUGUUGGAUAGCAUCAGCAGCAUGUGUUAAACGCUGGAAAUGAGUGAGACAGCUUAAAGUUCGGUUCGGUCAGCUCGGUAUGUGUUAGAGGAGGAUCUGGACUGAUUGUAGUCGUCAGAGAUGUGGACACAGCGGAUCAAACGGCGUCUGGAAGCAACAGCAGAGCAGAGACACGAAACGCUGGAUCAUUCCUCCGAUCCAGACCGUCGGCUCCACCGACCAGAAGCUCAGGUUGGGACAAAAUAUCUGUUGGUGUCAGGAAAAACUGAUGAGAGGGACUGCAGCCUGUGGAACAUCGUUGCGUCAGACUGGAACUCUGUCCCCCCCAUGGCUGUUGAGAUUCCUGCAGAUGUUCAACAGAGCAUGCUAAUCAAAAAAGAAGCUCCUGAAGAACAUACCCCUGCUGCAGCCCAGCAAUUAGUCCACAUCAAGGAAGAACAGGAGGAACUUGGGAUCGGUGUGGAAGAAGAAAAGCUCAAUAGGAAGGACGAAGUCACUGCAGUUCUCAUUAAGAGUGAGGAUUAUGAAGAGACUCCUCAGCUCUUACAGCUUCAUCAUCACCAAGUGAUGGACAGAGAUGUUCCAUCCAGCAGCUCAGCAAACCAGAUGAAAGCAGAAACUGAGGAAGGGUUCCAUGGAGGAGCACAAUUCUCCAGGAACCCAAAUACAGACACUCCUAUAGAAACGUCGUCCUCUUCAGAGACUGAAGUCAGUAAUGAUGAUGAAGAGGAUAACUCGAACCAUUUGCAAAAACCAUUUUUUUGUGAUUUUUGUGCAAAACGAUUUAAACUUAGGACAGAUUUAAACAGGCACAUAAGAGUCCACACUGGAGAGAAACCGUUUUGCUGUGAUGUUUGUGGACAAAACUUUCGGUUAAAAAUACAUCUUGACACACACAUGACAAUCCACACGGGAGAGAAACCAUUUGGCUGUGAUGUUUGUGGUCAGGUAUUUAGCCGGAAGUCGCAUGUAAGCACCCACAUGAGAAUACACACUGGUGAGAAACCGUUUGGAUGUGAUGUUUGUGGACAGACUUUUAGCCAUAAGACCAACUUAAACACACACAUGAAAACUCACACAGGAGACAAACCCUUCAGGUGUCAUGUCUGUGCACAAAGAUUUAGUCAAAAGAUCAAUUUGAACACGCACAUGAGAAUCCAUGCAGGCGAGAAACUGUUUGGUUGUGACGUUUGUGGACAAAGGUUCAGUCGAAAGGCACAUUUAAAUACACACCGGAGAACCCACACAGGAGACAAACCGUUUGGCUGUGACGUUUGUGGACAAACAUUUAGCCACAAGACCAACUUAAACACUCAUCGGCGAAUCCAUACAGGAGAGAAACCGUUUGGCUGUGACUUCUGUGGACAGAGAUUCAGCCAAAAGAUCAAUUUAAACACACACAUGAGAAUCCACACAGGAGAGAAACCGUUUGGCUGUGACGUCUGUGGACAGACAUUUAACCACAAGACGACCUUAAACACACACAUGAGGGUCCACACAGGGGAGAAACCGUUUGGGUGUGGUACCUGUGGACAAACCUUUAGCCAUAAGAGCAGUUUAAAAACACACCAGCGAGCCCACACAGGGGGUAACCAAUGUCAGGGAAAUAUUUCUGCAGAAAGAUUUAACAAAUAGACACAUUUAAACAUCCAUACAGGAGGAGGAAACAGUUUAGAUGUUGAUCUGAAUACAACUGUACGAGAAGCAUCUCAGUUUAUUAAUUAAAUUCAAAAUAUAAUCA